CCAUGACCACUUAUUCCGCUUGCCGAUGCCGUCCCGUCAGUUUUUUUUAUUUUUUUUUUUUAUACCAUACAUGGUCUUAUUCCACACGCCCACCCAAAAGGUGUUCCCCGAAAAGAUUAACCCAGGAACCCCCCACUGAAAAACAAAGGGCUCGUCCCAAGCCAAACUUAUCAUGAGCUCCGUGAUCGCUCUGGUGGUCUUCUUGGGCAUAGAUAUGGAUUGUUCCGUGGGCUGCGACCGCCGAGAGCAUUGGGUGGGAUAAAAACAAGAUGUCAACGGAAUAUACUCUUGCUUUAGUGGCCCUAGAUAAGAGUUGCCGGCUUGGUCUAUAAAGAUGUUUCCGCCCCUUCACCUUGGCUGUCUUGCUUCGAUGGCCUGGUUUUUGUUGCUCUACACUUCUAUCUGUAUGAUCAAUUUCAUGGUCAUAUCGGCGUGAACUAGGAAAAGUGACAUUCGUGACAUAUCCCUUUUACAAAUUACAACUUUCUCAGGAUCUGGAGUACUCUCAAAUCUUCUUCCAAACACUACCGACAUCAUGACUGUCCUCCCCCUCGAGCCCGAGUUUUCUCAGGCCUACAAUGAGCUGGCCGGCACCCUCGAGGACAGCACUCUCUUCGAAAAGUACCCCGAGCUCCGCACCGCGCUGUCCGUCGUCUCCAUCCCCGAGCGCGUGAUCCAGUUCCGCGUCGUCUGGGAGGACGACAGCGGCGCCCUGCGCGUGAACCGCGGCUACCGCGUGCAGUUCAGCUCCGCCCUGGGCCCCUACAAGGGUGGCCUGCGCCUGCACCCGUCGGUCAACCUGUCCAUCCUCAAGUUCCUGGGCUUUGAGCAAAUCUUCAAGAACGCCCUGACGGGGCUCAACAUGGGCGGCGGCAAGGGCGGCGCCGACUUUGACCCCAAGGGCAAGUCGGACGCCGAGAUUCGCCGCUUCUGCGUCGCCUUCAUGACGGAGCUGUCAAAGCACAUUGGGGCUGACACCGACGUGCCCGCCGGAGACAUUGGCGUCGGCGGCAGGGAGAUUGGCUACAUGUUUGGUGCUUACAGGAAGCUGAGGAACCGCUUCGAGGGCGUCCUGACCGGGAAGGGGCUCGACUGGGGUGGCAGUUUGAUCAGACCUGAGGCUACUGGCUACGGUCUAGUCUACUACGUCGGGCACAUGCUCGAGUACGCCGGCGUGGGCGGCUGGGCCGGAAAGCGCGUGGCCAUCUCGGGCUCCGGCAACGUGGCCCAGUACGCAGCGCUCAAGAUCAUGGAGCUCGGCGGCACGGUGGUGUCGCUGUCCGACUCGCGCAGCGCCCUGGUCGCCGUCGAGGGCGGCCGCACCAUCACCGAGGCCGACGUCAAGCGCGUCAUGGAGCUCAAGGACCGCCGCCGCCCGCUGUCCGACCUUUUGCCGGAGAGCGAGGAGGGCGGCAGCACCAGCCCGGGCGGGCUCAAGCACUUGCCCGGCGCCAGGCCCUGGACCCACGUCGGCAAGGUCGACGUCGCCCUGCCCUGCGCCACCGAGAACGAGGUCAGCAAGGAAGAGGCCGAGGCGCUCGUCGCCGCCGGCUGCCGUUUUGUCGCAGAGGGCUCCAACAUGGGCUGCGAGCAGGGCGCCAUCGACGUCUUUGAGGCCAACAGGCGGUCAAAGGGCAAGGGUGACGCCGUCUGGUAUGCUCCCGGCAAGGCGGCAAACUGUGGUGGUGUCGCCGUCUCUGGCUUGGAGAUGGGGCAGAACAGCUCGCGCCUCAAAUGGAGCCGCGAAAAGGUCGACAAGGAGCUCGCCAACAUCAUGGAGACGGCCUUCCGCACCGGCUUGGAUACGGCAAAGGAGUACGUGAACCGUGCCAGCGACGACGAGCUGCCCAGCCUGGUUGCCGGAAGCAACAUUGCCGGCUUCGUCAAGGUCGCGCGCGCCAUGCAGGCCCAGGGUGACUGGUGGUGAAGAAAAAAAGAGGAUAAGGGAGUCUUUUUUUUGCUUUGACCACAGGGUCUCAGUUCCAUGUAUUUCUUGUGUCUUUUAGCGUGUUCGUGUCUUUUUUUAUUCUUCUUUUCUUCAUUUCAUCUUCUGAGCUUUGUCGGCUCUUCGGCCCUUGGUCUGUGGGCUUUUGGCGUUGGGGAUUAGGCAUAAUAUCCAGCAAAAUCUCUAUAAAGUUCUACUCUAUACUCUUUGGAUCUCUUUGUAUUAUGCAUGAUCCCUCCACGAAAACACACAAAUGUUGAUUUUGGG